GGGAGGGAAAGCAGGAGAGCGCUUUCCUCAUGCAGCCGCCUCCCGCUCCUGCAGAAGCUCCCGGCAUAAACGAAGAACAUACUUCAUUUGAAGCAUAGAAGCACUUAAUUGUGGAAGAUCAUCAAAAAAACACCUUUAACUUUAAAAAACAAGAAAAAAGUAUGAAAAAAAGAUCUUGUUGACUCUAAAGUUUGAAACUCAUCACAUUCAACGAAAAGUACAGAAUGGAUCUGCAUCAAACCACUGCCCCCCGAUUUCUUGAAGAAUGGUGUUUGGAUGAAUCACUGUUUGCCUACAGAAGGCAUCAGAAUGUCAGAAAAAAACUGAGACCAAUACGAAUCCUAGGGCUCUUUGUGAGCAUAGUGGCCAUUAGCACUUUUUCACUUUCAAUUAGUGCCUUUUUCCAAACAGAGACCCACAGCACUGACCCGGCCGAUGGAUUAGGUAGUCAGAUGCCAAUGCAUGCACAUCAUCAGAGAACUCUAUUAGAUUUAAAGAACAUAAACGCUCUCCAAAGCCACACUCCAAAGCCACAUGAACAUGAGAACACAACAGAGCACACUAAGGGAGAGUACCCAAAAGACCUCUUUUCUCUUCAGGAGCGAAGAAGGGGUGCAAUAAUCCUCCAUGUCUUUGGGAUGAUUUACAUGUUCAUAGCCUUAGCCAUUGUCUGUGAUGAGUUCUUUGUCCCUUCUUUGACAGUCAUCACGGAAAAACUGGCCAUUUCUGAUGAUGUGGCCGGGGCAACCUUCAUGGCUGCCGGAGGCUCAGCCCCAGAACUUUUCACAUCUCUGAUUGGAGUGUUUAUAGCUCACAGUAAUGUCGGCAUUGGCACAAUAGUAGGCUCUGCCGUAUUCAAUAUCCUGUUUGUUAUUGGAAUGUGUGCUUUAUUUUCUAGAGAGGUCCUAAACCUUACCUGGUGGCCACUCUUUAGAGAUGUGUCAUUUUAUAUCAUAGACUUGAUUAUGCUAAUCGUCUUUUUUCUGGAUAAUCUCAUCAUGUGGUGGGAAAGCUUGAUCCUAUUAACAGCUUAUUUUUGCUAUGUGACUUUCAUGAAGUUCAAUGUUCAAGUGGAAAGAUGUGUCAAACAACUGAUUAACAGAAACAAAGUCGUGGAAGUCGCUGCAUCUGAGGCGGAAGCAAAGUCCUCUACUGCCAGGGACAAGGAUGAGCAAACCCUAACGACUAAACCACGUCUCCAGCGAGGUGGAAGCUCUGCUUCCCUACACAACAGUCUGAUGAGGAACAGCAUCUUCCAACUCAUGAUUCACACCCUUGACCCACUUGCUGAAGAGCUUGGAUCAUAUGGAAAACUAAAAUAUUAUGACACAAUGACUGAAGAAGGACGAUUCAGAGAAAAGGCAUCUAUCCUCCACAAGAUUGCCAAGAAGAAGUGCCAGGUGGAAGAGAAUGAAAUGCAAAAUGGGGCUGCCAAUCAUGUGGAUCUGGAAAUCCUGGGGCUGGGCCAGGACUCCUGCGCCUCUGAUGGGUCCAGGGCAACCAACAGAACACGGUCCACCAUUAAUCAAUCCAUCAAUGAAAAAAUUGAACUUCCCAACAGUACAAAUAUGGAGCUUGAAGUUACGCUGCCCAGUGAAGGUUCAGGACCUGUGCAAAAUGGAAAUAUUUCCCAUGGCAUUGAAUCGGCAGAGACACAGACUUCAGAUGCUGGUGAAGAAGAUGAAGACCAACCACUCAGCCUGGCCUGGCCUACCACUACCCGCAAACAGAUAACAUUCCUUAUAGUUUUCCCAAUUGUGUUUCCAUUGUGGAUUACCCUGCCAGAUGUUCGAAAAACUUCAUCAAGGAAGUUUUUUCCUAUCUCAUUCUUCGGAUCCAUCACCUGGAUAGCCAUUUUCUCAUACUUGAUGGUCUGGUGGGCACAUCAGGUUGGAGAGACAAUCGGCAUUAGUGAAGAGAUAAUGGGGCUGACCAUUUUAGCUGCUGGGACCUCUAUCCCUGAUCUCAUUACCAGUGUCAUUGUAGCCCGGAAAGGUCUGGGAGACAUGGCGGUGUCCAGCUCUGUCGGUAGCAACAUCUUUGACAUUACAGUGGGCCUCCCGUUGCCCUGGCUCUUGUUUACCAUCAUUAAUAACUUCAAACCCGUGGCAGUCAGUAGCAAUGGUCUCUUCUGCGCCAUUGUUCUUCUCUUCAUCAUGCUGCUUUUCGUCAUCAUCUCAAUUGCUGUGUGCAGGUGGAGGAUGAACAAAUUAUUGGGCUUUACCAUGUUUGGCCUCUACUUCGUAUUCCUGGUGAUCAGUGUCCUCCUGGAGGACAGAAUUAUUGUGUGCCCUAUCUCCAUCUAAUGGGGGGAGAAAGUCAUUUAUUGAAUGAAAAUGUAGGCAGCAGUGAAUGGUCCACAUUCCCUCCACUUCCCGUCUCUCACCCUAAUUACCUUCUACCCCAUAAGAAGAGGUAACAUGUACGCUGCCCUCUCUUUAUCCCCAUGGCUUGUGGAAGAAAAGCUUGAUUCAUAGUUGGCAAAAUAGUUCACAUUCUGCAGUCACUACAUAAAAGAGGCAAGAUUAGCUACUAAACAGCUUCCCCUCCUUUGUAUCUUGCUCCUCACAGUUCAUAUUCCUCUCUGGUCAGAGGUACAUACGCUAUAAUGAUACGAGUUAUGAUGUAGACUAUGUAUAUCAUUUGUUUCUAUGUGCCUCUAUAUAUACAUAUAUUACUAUAUACCUGUAUACAGACACAAAGAGAGCAAACUAUAAAUAUAUAUGUGUGUGUGUGUGUGUGCGUGUGUGUGUGUGUGUGUGUGUCAUUGCAGGAGUAGCU